AUGCAAAAUCUCGUGCAUAGCGUGGAUGUAUUGACACAAGGAUUAAAAUACAGUAUAUCAGGACUAAUGAACCUCGCAAAUCAAAGUAGUGAUCCUCAAAGUCGUGUUUUCUUUGUUAACUUUAAUCAAGAUUGCACAUACGGAAGACAUAUAUAUUGUUGAACGACUAUUCAGCAGCAGUCUUGUGGCAGUAGUUAGUUUAAGAUCACCUCGCAAACUCAAAGUUUGUCACUUCAGAAAAGGCACCGAAAUUUGCCAUUAUAGUUAUUCUAAUACUAUUUUGGCUGUAAAAUUAAAUAGAGCAAGAUUAGUAGUAUGUCUAGAAGAAUCAUUAUAUAUUCACAACAUAAGAGACAUGAAAGUCCUACAUACAAUUCGAGAUACCCCGCCAAAUUUAUCUGGUUUAUGUACAUUGUCAAUAAAUAGCGACAACUGUUAUUUGGCUUAUCCAGGCUCAAAUACAAUUGGCGAAGUGCAAAUAUUUGAUGCAAUUAAUCUCCAAGCCAAAACUAUGAUACCAGCACAUGACAGUCCUUUAGCUGCUUUGGCAUUUAGCCCCAAUGGUACUAAAGUGGCUACUGCGUCAGAAAAAGGAACGGUUAUCCGAGUUUUCAAUGUAAAUGAUGGUACGAAACUGUUCGAAUUUCGUCGUGGAGUGAAACGAUGUGUAUCGAUAAGCAGUCUUGCAUUUAGUAUUGACUGCAUGUUUCUAUGUUGCUCAAGCAAUACAGAAACUGUACACAUAUUUAAAUUAGAAGAGCCGAAAGAAGCAUUGCGACAAACCACAGAAGAGACACAAAGUUGGAUGGGAUAUUUAACGAAGGCUGUAUCUGCGUCAGCCAAUUAUCUACCCUCGCAGGUCACUGAUGUUUUUACUCAAGGACGUGCCUUUGCCAGUGUCCACUUACCUUUUCAAGGGCUGAAAAAUGUUUGUGCCAUCACAGUUAUACACAAAGUACUUAGGUUGCUUGUAGCCAGUGCUGAGGGUUAUUUAUAUGUUUAUAACUUGGACUCGACCGAAGGUGGAGAUUGUACCUUAUUAAAACAGCAUAGAGUCAGAGAAGUAUCAUGAAAUGAUAGCAGCAACUGAGAGUCCACCAGGCUUUUCGGGUUCCUUCCGUUUGAAAGAUGAUGCUGAAUUUCCACCUGUUACGCAAAGGACGGAUUGA